AUGCAGGUGGGCACCACCAUCGAGGUUCCGGCCCCCGGUAUAGUAGAUGCCGUGCACGCCGCCGAAUAUGUCGAGUACCUCCGCCUCAAGGACCACUUCACGGCCAACCCCAAGGCACACCGGAGCAUGAUCAGGCGCCUCGAUGCCCGGAUCCUGCCUUUCUUGUUCAUGUACUACCUAUUGAACUCGAUUGAUCGGACCAAUGCUGGCAACGUGAAGAUCUACACCUUCAUGAAAGACACCAACAUGACCAACACGCAGUUCAACCUAGCCCUGACGUGGUUUAUCAUCAUGUACGCCAUGUUCGAAGCACCAUCCAACAUGCUGCUGCGUCGUAUUGGUCCCCGUUUCUGGCUGUCGUCACUCGUUAUCUGCUGGGGUUGUGUGACUCUAGGCGGUGCCUGGGUCAAGAGUUACCACGAUUUUGUUGUUUGCCGUGUAUUGCUUGGUUUGUUCGAGGCGGGUAUGUAUCAAGGCUGCUUUUAUACGAUCAGUUGCUGGUACCUACCAAACGAGCUACAAUCGCGUUGCGCAUGGUGGUACUCGGCGACUCUGCUGUCCGGUGCCUUUGGUGGCCUGCUUGCAUACGCCGUUGGUCCCCUCCAGGACCAUCAUGGCCUGAGGCAAUGGCAGUGGCUGUUCAUCAUCGAGGGGUGCAUCACCAUUGUGGUUGGUUGCCUCGGUCUGCUGCUAUGCGUAGAUUUCCCCGAGAAAUGGAGCUCCCGAUGGUUCAGCGAGGAUGAGAUGAAGUAUCUCAAACUUCGCGUCAAGUACCGUGAUGGUCCUGUGCCUCCCGACAUGACAUUCCGUUGGAGUGUUUUCUUCGAGGCCGUCAAGGACUGGAAAACCUACCUUGUCGCGUCACUUCUCGCAUUUGGUGGCUCUGUACCCACAUACUCGGUCAACUACACCUUAGCAACGAUGGUAAAGAGUUUAGGCUACUCCUCCAUCCAGGCCCAGGCAUUAACGUCCCCGCCAUAUGUUUUUGCGUUCUUCUGCGUUAUCGCCAUUGCAUUCUACUCUGAUCGGUACCAAUGCCGAGCGCGGUCUUUGAUCAUCAGCUACACGGUUGGCACCAUCGGUAUUAUCAUUCUGUGGCCUUCCCUCUACUACCCCAAUCUCUCCGGGCUCAGUUACUUUGCUCUCUUCCUCGUUAUCGCUGGCUAUAACAUGCAAGGCCCUGCCGUUGGCUCGUGGCUGGGCACCAACGUGCGUAACCCGGCCAAGCGAGCCGCUGCAAUGGGUUGGAUGUCGACUUGGGGCCAGCUAGCUGGCGGCUGCAUCGGCGUAAAUAUCUUCGUCGGCAACGAAGCCCCUACCUAUCGCUCCGGCUUUAUCACCAUCAUCGUCCUCGUUGCUGUAGGUGGCUACGGCGCCUGCAUCACAAACUGGUAUUUACUUCGCCGCGCCAACAUUCAAAAGGACCGUGUACCCCUUGCAGAAAUAGAAGGAAAGUACACCGAGAAACAACUGGCCGAGAUGGGUGAAUACUCGCCGUACUUUAGAUACGUUUUGUAA